AUGUUUUUCCUUAGACGUUUCUUAGACAUGGAAGUUCAGCGCAAAGUUAUGGUUUUACAACAACGUGUAAAAGAAUUGGAAAAUGAAAAUAGUGUUUUGCGCCAAAGGCUAUCUGAUGCCCUUAGUGGAAAGGUAAAAAACUAAAAAAAAAAUCAUGGGUGACAAAUACCUACUUUUAAUUAAAACAUCAUACAAAUUUAGAUUGAUGUUGAACAAUAUAUGCGUCAAAAUGGUAUCAGUGAUAUGUUGCAAGUGAAUAACAUGAAUAAUAAUAAUUCAUCUUCCCUUAUUAAUUUGACUAAUGGCAAUGGUUCUCAAUCUGGUCCAGCACCACCAGUACCACCGAGAAGUGUUAAUAACAAUGGUGAUAAUUUGAGGUGAGAAAUUUGUAUCAAGUUUAAGUUAUAGAUUAAUUUAGAAAUGUAUUUUGAUUGAUAAAUGUGGUGUCAAUGUUUUAUUAGAUUUUAAUUAAUUAUAAAAAUAUAAUUUAGAAAUUAUUUAUUAAACUUUACCUAUUUGAUACUUGCAUUAAAACCAAAUAGUUAGUAUAGUACGUAAAAAAAAUUAUUUUAUAUUGCGUAAAUUAUAAAAAUUAAUGUUCAUCAAAUAUCAAUGAGAUUACUUUUUUAAGUUAAUUUGUUGGUGGUUAAUGUUUACUUUUUUUAUUUUAUUCUUCGCUCUUAGUGUAUUUUUUAUUUUAUAUGGUUAUGAAAUCAAAGUUUAUAAAUUUAAAUAAUACAUUUUAAUUGGUUUCAGUUUAUCUACUAGCGAGACAAAACCAACUCCUAGUGUUGGAACACGUCUUGAAGGGCUUUUGUUAAAUGAUAUGGAAAACAGUUUCGAUCCCAGGAUCAACAAUAAUAGUGUUACCUCUUCUACAUCACCUCCAUUAUGUAAGUAUAUUGUUUAUGAAAUUAGUACCUACGUAUUAUUUAACUGGUUUGUUUUUUUUUAUGAUUUAAUAUUUGUUAUAGUGGCCCCUCCUCCAAAACCAGCUAGAGAUACAGGACGCCGCUCUCAGAAUUCUGAUGAUAUUUUUGGUUUAAGUCCAUUCAAAGCUACACCGAGACCAGCUGGUCAGCCUAGAACAUCAGCCAGUGAUCCAUUCGGUAUGGAUGAUUUUGGGCAAAGUGUGAAAAAUGGCAUUGAAAGUGACAUUGGUUUGUUGGAUAAGAGGAUCAAAGAAAUGAAGGUAAAUAUUUUAAUUGUAAUUUGCCUAUUUGAUAAUGACUUAAUUAAUAAUGCAUUAAUUUUUAUUUUUCAGGAUGGUUUUAGUCGCGGUUUAUCAAUGAGUACUGAAGAUUUUUCAUUAGAAAGUCUUGAUCCUUUAAAGAAAUAG